UGGUCAUCGCCCAUUCUCAGCUCUUGGUUGUUCUCUGGCCCGUCGGCUCCAAGGCGGGCAGUGCUAUUAUUAUCCAGUCGUGGGUAAGCUAACGCCGUAGGCUAUCAUCAUCACUACUAUCAUCAUCAUCAUCAUCGGGCCAUGAUUAUUAUUGUUCCAACCUUGUUCAGUGGUACACAUUCGGGCUGAGCCAUUGACGGCGGCAACCCUGGGUCGGGUUCAGCCCCACGAGGGUGCGCAAGUGUUUUUGCCAUCGUUAUUAUUCCCCUCCUUCUGGUUUUCCUCCUGCCUGCUCUUUCUCAGCCCUUCGGAAGGGCCACCUCAACGGAAUGUCCGGGUGAGAGGAACAGCAAGGGAAGACAAGUUGAUUGAUUGUAGGAAGGCCACAAUCAUUCUGCCUGUAGGCAACCAUGGUGGGAAGGUUGACAUCAGGUUGGGUGUAUAUAAACAAUGGUAGAAGAGUACAUCCACAGAAAUGCAUACUUCCACAACCACAAUUAUCUACUUUUUCCCUUGUUCUCUAAAUUGUCUUGAUAUACAUACAUCGGAUCUCUCUAUCUCUCUCCAGCCAGAUAGUACUUCUCAGCUUAGCAACAAGUACACGUUCUGGUCCCCCUUUAGCGCCCUGGGUGUAUUAAAAUUACCCGCUUACCUGACGAGCGGUACUCGGCGUGAAAGUGUGGCGGUGACAGCACUGGGACUAAACGGCACUAGUGCUCCCGGCGGUGCAAUCAACGUUGCCGAAACACCCGGACUAGACUCGGAAAAGCCUAGAGUGGGACCCACUUCACCCCGCCUGAUCCAGUCCAACCUCUCCCUUUUUCGCAGUCAUUCCCCCUCCCCCUUAAGUUGGUGUGUAUCUGGCGUAAAAAAGGGACCUUCCAGACUGGUUGGAAGAACGUUGACUGACCAGACAAAACCAAACCAAACCAAACCAGACCAAACCCAACCUGAACCAAACCCAACCAGGCCAACCCGCACCCACUCUUGCUUUCCACCACCGCCGACUCCCUACUAACCCGACGGCCUCCAUCACUUUCCACUCCUCCCCCCGUUUCCUCCC